AUGCACGCCACCACUCACCUCCCCCACACCUUCGCCCUCGCGGCCACCGCCACCGCAACAACCUUCACCCUGUCCAACCCGCCCGCCAUCGGCACCAAUCUCCAAACCGAAAACACACGGCCCUGCGGCGGCUUCGUCGUGACUCCUGAGGCAACCUUCGUCGACUACCCGAUUGCAGGCCACGACAUCAAGGCGACGAACACCAGCGACGCGUCCCAGCGCUCGGCGUUCGACUUCCGCGUUGCGCUGCUCAGCGAUCCCACGCUCAGCUUCAUCGCCCUGUACGGCACGCAGUACAGCCAGGACAGCGACACGGCAUGCUGGCCCAGCGUCCCCGGGAAGGAUAUUGAGAGCUGGGUGGGUCAGGAUGCGGUGCUGCAGGUUGCGCAUGCGCUCCCAUCCGUUUCGUCAGGGGCGCCGCGGCCCCGUCUGAGUGCGGCACCAGGAACGUUCCCCAGCGCUGAUGAAUGCCACCUUCUUGCCCGCUGCGGGACGGUCCUGCUGCCUCAGAUCCCACUCGCAGAUAUCAUCGUCGCAGAGAUCUUUGUCGCAGGCACCACCAUCCCAGGCACCCCCAUCUCAGAGAUCCCCAUCGCAGAGAUCUGCAUCGCAGAGACCACCUUCGCAGGCAUCCCCAUCGCACGCGCCGUCACACCCAGGCCAAUCACCACGGGCCCCGUCAUUGCGAACGUACACACCACAGGCGCCGCCAGCAACGCCGAGAGAACAGGGACCGCCCCCACAAAGACACCCGCAACUGCCGGGACUACCAGGACUACAACCACCGAGAUCACCACCCCGAAGACCGCCGCCGCGAGGAUCUCCGCCGCGCGGGUUUCCACCAUCGCCGGGCCCCAUGCCCAAUAUGCCACGGCCUCCUUUCGAGCGUGCCCGGUCAAGGUGAUGCUGGAUGAGGGCGGUCAAUAUCUCUGCAACCGCGCCGACAUCCUCGAGCAUCUGCCCAACACGCGGCAGGCGCCCUUUGGUCGAACGCUUGAACCCCGGAUUGCAGUGCAAAACCAGAUACCAGCCGCCCUGGAAGCGCUCCACCAACUGUUCCGAGGCCUCGAGCAGUACCGCACCACCGGCACUCCACUGUACAUGUUCGAGAGAGCCCGUGCCAUGCUGAACCGCGACACCGAGUACGCCUGGUAUCAGUGCUUCGAUUUCUUCGUCGGGACCUGCGCCGCGCUCGACUCGGAGUUCGGGCUGGGCUGCAGCGAGGAGCUCCUGCAGCAGAUCGACGAGUUCGCCAUCGACCUCAUGUACACCCACGAGCUUGGCACCCUGGACCACCGCAAUCCGCUCUUGGACUUCUUCGUGGCGUACGCCAAAGUCUUCCAGCCAACCACGCCCAGACACCUGGACACGCUGCGGGAGCUCUGGAACUGUGUCCCUGCCGAGCCCAGGGCCUGGCUGAUGGUGGACCUGGCGCAGGUCAUGGACUGGAGGGCGCAGCGCAGUAACGUGAAUGCCAUGUUCCGGGCGAUGAGAGAUAUGGGCAUGGCCUAG